AUGUACGUGUCCACUGAUUCUUCCGACGAGCCGCUUUUGAAGUCCAACAUGUUCUCUCUUGGUGGCUCCAAGUUCUUCGGUGCAGUCAACAGAAGUAUCAACCUGGGUGGUCAGAGCGCCCUUGCUCUGCGUCUGCUCCUCGCUGUUUUUUCUUCUAAAAUUUCUUCCAGUGCGAACCGGCCGUUUGGAGAAGAGUUCCGGGCAGCUAGGAGGGUGUCUGAAGACAUUGGAGCUCAGCUUGUUCUUGGCGAUCGCCCGAUUGAAAUAACUCUUGAACGAGCAUGGAAAUCCCUUACCUGGGAUCAAAAGACAAAGCUACUCAUCUCACUGUUCCGCGGAAUUACGUCGACAACUGACACGCCACAGGAUGAAAAAACUGCCGUCAGCCCAUAUGAGUUGUAUCAGAAACUUAGCACAUCUUAUCCUGCACUGUUGCAGUCUCUAAUACAUGAACGCGACAUGUUCCUUGCAUGGUCGCUGAAGAGGAGCAAGGCUGUGAACAAGAGCAAAACUGUUGUCGGAGUUGUAGGGAAGGGGCACAUUAAUGGCAUUGUGUACGCGCUGAUCUCUGAUCAAGGGGAUUUGAGAUUCCGAGACCUGGUUGGUAGAGCAUCAUCUGAUACAUGGGUUAGCUCACUCAUCAAGGGCCUGCUGAAACUUAAACUUCGAUUCAGCACAAAUCUGAAACUUAACAGUCCAGAUUCUCCACAAGGAUGA